CCUCCUUCAUUUUCUCUCCCUUUUCUUUUUUUUCCCUUUUUGUUUCUCCUCCUUUGUCUCCGACCCUCGUGCUGGCUUUGACUGCAUGUGGUGUUUGCCAACUUUUUCCUCCGAGCUUUCUUGGUAGUGUCCCUCAGUCCCCCGUCGGGCCUUUGGUUCGUCUGCCAUUUUCUUUUCUUCCUCUCCGCCUAUCAAACUUGGCGAUGCUAGGCUUGCCCUGCAUCUAUAGUCCGGGAAGCAAACACCAGAGUAUCUAGGCUCAAAAAUCUUUUAAUAGCUCGAUUGGAUUUUACUCAUUUAUCUCACCAGUCUGUCGACUGGUCCCGAGUUAGGAGCGCAUGCUGUUCCUAAGCUUUGGUGCUCACUACUUCUUCUUAUCCGCCCGCCAGCCAUGGCGGUCGAAUGCCACGGGCCCAUCUGGGCUAUCGAUGAUGUCUCUCGUUGCUUCCAACGCAACUAUCUUCAAGUAAUAUUUCCUCUCACAGCCUGCGGGCUCUCAUUACUAUUCGUCAUUCUUCGCGUCGCAUACCAAUGUGCCGUUUCUCGAAAAAGCGCCUCCUACAAGUUACUAGAUCACAAUGCGGUUGAAGGCGACGCACAAGUUGCAACCUUAGAUGAUGAAGGGGAGGAAAGCGACCUAAUGCUCAGCAAAGCGGCACAAUCCGAGUUACCGACAUUCGAAGUUGAUCGUCCUCGGGGAGAAAUCGCAACUUUAACGCUGGAGAUCCUUGCGCUAGUAGGAGAAGUGGCCGUUUUCGUGGCUGUCCUUUCCACAGGCGUUUGGGGUCGCCAGGGUACUCUUCCCGCCAUCGCCAAGCUUGUUUCCUGGGGCUACAUAUUGUUCCUGGCAUUGGUCCGAUUGUUACUUUCGACCUUCGACCUCCAUUCAUCUCCCAGGCUAUGGAACCAUACGGCAUCUUUGUACGGACUGCAAUGGGUUUUCACCGUCUUCGUGUUUCGCUCCGCCGUUAUCCACCCCUUGUCGAAUCGCGCUGUAAUCUUCAGCUCCAUUGAGUUUGCCUUGUCGACUUUGCUUUUACUUAUCGCGGUCACUACCCGUAGAGGAAACAAAGUGGUUUUGGUGUCGCAUGAUGAGGGUCUGGAGCCUGCGAGACAUCCCACAGCCAGCUUGUUCUCGCUGGCUACUUUUGCUUGGCUGGACCCUCUCAUUCUCAAGGGCUACAGACAGCCGUUGGAGCUCGACGAUGUCUGGGAUCUCACAGCGUCUCAGAAAGCAGCCACAGUGUUGGAGGACUUCCGCCGCAGGAAUUAUCAGGGCUCACUGGUGUGGAAAUUAUGUCGGUACUUCUACGGCACGCUUCUGCUCCAAGGUGCCUGGACGAUCUUUUCGAACCUGUUCACCUACCUGCCUACAAUCCUCCUGCGCGUACUCCUGCAGUAUGUGGAGGAUCCAAGGUCGUCGACUGCAAACGCCGCGUGGCUCUAUGCUAUCUUGCUGUUCUGCUCUGGUGCCAUUCAAGGUAUCGCUGAUGGUCAGGCUCUUUGGAUCGGACGCAAGCUGGGUGUCAAACUUCGGGCUAUCAUUAUUGGCGAAAUUUACGCGAAGGCCCUCAGGCGGAAAGCGGGGUCGUCUGUAGAAUCCGCGAAGAAGCAGCCAGAAGAGCCUGUGAAGGAUCAAAAGAAAGGCGGUUUCUUCUCGUUUGGUCGAAAGAACAAGAAGGCAACAACCGACCCCGAGACAAAUAACGCAAACGCGAAGAAGUCUGAAGAUGAUCAGGAGGACAAAGAACACAUGGCUAACAUUGGUACCAUCAUCAAUUUGAUGGCGAUUGACUCUUUCAAGGUCAGCGAAGUCGGCGCCUACCUCCACUUCCUGUGGGCCAGUGUGCCGGUGCAGAUCAUCAUUGCUGUAACACUUCUGUACCGCCUCCUGGGAUUCAGCUCGUUUGCUGGAAUCGUCAUUAUGGUCUUCAUGUUGCCUAUCAACCUUACGAUCGCCAAACAGUUUACGAAGGUUCAGAAUCGGAUCCUGAAGGGGACCGAUGCUCGGAUUCAUAGCACCAAUGAGAUCCUCCAGAAUAUUCGAAUCAUCAAGUAUUUCGCCUGGGAGCAGCGUUUUGAGGACAUCGUAAACGAGAAGCGAAAGGCGGAGUUGAAGGCUUUGCGUUUUCGGUACAUCAUCUGGUCUACGGCGGCAACUGUCUGGUAUGGCACGCCCAUCCUUAUCACGUUCGCCUCAUUCUUCUUGUAUACAGUGGUGGAGGGAAAGAAGUUGACCCCGUCGAUCGCGUUCCCGGCCCUGUCGAUGUUCUCUUUGCUCCGCGUCCCUCUAGACCAGUUGGCCGACAUGGUGGCUCACGUCCAAGAGUCCAAGGUCUCCCUUGAUCGUGUUGACACUUAUUUGAAUGAAGAAGAGACCCAGAAGUACCGUCAACUCGAGGUCGAGGAGGAGUCUGAUGGACAGCCGCCCAAGAUCGCGUUGGAAAAUGCUACCCUUACCUGGGGAUCUGCCCAGGGUCAAUACAAGGAUGAUCCGUCGGACGAGGUUGCCGAAGGUUUCCGUCUGAUCAAUAUGGACGUGGACUUCCAGAUUUGCAAACUCAAUCUGAUUACUGGCCCGACUGGCUCUGGAAAGACGUCGCUACUUAUGGCGCUUCUCGGCGAAAUGAAGCUUCUGCAAGGAAAGGUUCACUUGCCUGGAGGCACGGCUAACCGCUCGGAACUCCCAGUUGAUCCUCAGACAGGUCUCAUCGAAAGCGUUGCCUACUGCGCACAGGAAGCGUGGCUCGUGAAUGCUACUGUCAAGGAUAACAUUGUGUUUGCUUCCCCCUUUGAUCAACGUCGGUAUAAUGCUGUAAUCAAGGCCUGUGCCUUGGAGCGGGACCUGUCAAUUCUUGAUGCAGGCGACCAGACCCUUGUAGGAGAAAAGGGCAUCAGUCUUUCGGGAGGCCAGAAACAGAGAAUAUCGCUUGCGCGCGCUGUGUAUAGCAGAGCUCGUCACUUGCUUCUGGACGAUUGUCUGAGUGCAGUGGACUCGCACACCGCUAAGCACAUCUUCCGACAGGCCUUGACCGGUCCCUUGAUGAUGAACCGGACUUGUGUUCUGGUAACACACAAUGUUGCUUUAACCGUGUUCGAAGCAGCCCAUGUCAUUGCUCUUGAUAAUGGUAAAAUCAUCGCGCAGGGUCCUCCAGACGAAGUGGCGGCAUCUGGUGCGCUGGGUGAUGAACUACUCAAAUCCCGACCAACUUCCAGGACUACUACUCCUCGUCCUUCUCGCAGACCUUCGGACCAUGCAGAGCAAGAUGACGAAUCUCUUACGAACGGGAAUGUUACCAAUGCCCUUAACGGAAAGGCCAAGGAGAGUUCCGACUCUAAGCUGGUAGAGUCCAAGGCUGUCGGCAGUAUUAAGCUGUCUACGGUUAAGAUGUAUCUCCAAUCGAUGGGAUCCUGGCGCUACUGGAUCGUGGCUGUGCUUGUUUUCUGCUUGCAACAACUCGGGUCUGUAUCGACUAAUAUUUGGAUCAGACAAUGGGCCAAUUCUUACCAGACUGAGGAAGUCGGUGCGGAUCCCGGUGACUACGCGGCGAUGGCAGCCUUCAAGAUCCCGUCUUUCAAUGUUGGUGGUGUUCCUCGCACAUCCACCUUCAGCGCACCCCAGUUUGGUACGCAGAGAGUGAACGCCAAUGGCAACGGUAAUGUCAACGUAUCGUAUUAUCUCGGUGUCUACGCAUUACUGGGAGUUGCUUUCGUUGCUAUUUCGCUACUAAGGGAGGGUGUCCUAUUCUGGGGUUCUCUGCACGCUUCUUUCAAGAUCCACCAACGGCUGCUGAGAUCGGUCAUGCAUGCAAAGUUCAAGUUCUUCGAUUCGACCCCCCUUGGCCAGCUGAUGAAUCGCUUUUCUAAGGAUGUGGAAUCCGUUGAUCAGGAAGUCGCACCUGUAGCUAUAGGCAUGCUCCAUAGUCUGGCAUCCGUCGUGAUGAUUGUCAUUCUGAUUUCAGUCAUCACGCCCGGUUUCCUGAUUGCGGGUAUCUUUAUCACCUUGGUUUAUGUCGCCCUCGGUGCCGUCUACCUGAAUGCUUCUCGCGAUCUCAAACGACUUGAGUCCGUGCAGCGGAGUCCUCUGUAUCAGCAGUUUGGCGAGACCUUGAACGGCAUUGUUACUAUCCGUGCCUAUGGUGAUGGACCAAGAUUUAUCGUUGACAACCACCGUCGUAUCAACGCUUACAACCGUCCCCACAUUUAUCUGUGGGCGAGUAAUCGCUGGCUGGCGCUCCGUGUUGAUGUAACAGGAGCCUUGGUGUCAUUCUUCACCGCAGUCUUUGUCCUGAUCAACAUUGGAAAGAUUGAUGCCGGUGCUGCUGGACUUUCGCUGACAUACGCAGUCACUUUCACCGAGAACGUUCUCUGGCUAGUCCGGUUGUACUCGGAGGUUCAACAGAACAUGAAUUCUGUUGAACGAGUCAGGGAGUACCUCGAAGUCGAGCAAGAGGCAGAUGCAGUCAUUCCUGACUCUAGACCGCCGGCCAACUGGCCCAGCGGCGGCGCGGUCGACUUCGUUGGAUAUACAACGCGGUAUCGACCGGACCUUGACCCCGUUCUCAGGAAUGUCUCGUUCAGCGUGCAACCUGGAGAGAAGGUCGGUAUUGUCGGCCGCACUGGUGCUGGCAAGAGUUCGCUUGCCCUGGCACUUUUCCGUGGUCUCGAAGCUGAGAAGGGCCGCAUCGUCAUUGACGGCGUGGAUACCAGCGCAAUCGGUCUCCGUGACUUGCGAGAGUCGAUCACCAUCGUUCCUCAAGAUCCUACUCUGUUCACAGGAACUAUCCGCAGCAAUCUUGACCCGUUCGAUCUCUUCACGGACGAGCAGAUUUUUACCGCCCUGCGACGUGUGCACCUUAUCGGCCCGGGUACCUCUGGCACCGCGACCCCAAUGACGACAAGUACGCUCGCAGAGCCCAGUUCCGCAACCCCCACCGGCGUCACUAGUAGCGCCAUCCUGGACAACAAGAACAUCUUCCUCAACCUGGACACUGCUGUCUCCGAAUCCGGGUCCAACCUGUCCCAAGGUCAACGACAACUCUUGUGUCUUGCACGUGCUCUACUCAAGAACCCGAAGGUCCUGAUGAUGGACGAAGCCACCGCCUCUAUAGACUACAACACCGACUCCAAGAUCCAGGAAACCCUCCGGGAACUCCGGGAAAGCACCAUCAUCACCAUUGCGCACCGUCUACAGACAAUCAUCGACUAUGACAAGGUCUUGGUGCUCGACCACGGCCGAGUCAUCGAGUACGACCACCCCUGGACAUUAAUAAACAAGGGCGACGGCCUCUUCCGGAGCAUGUGCGAAAACAGUGGAAACAUGGAUAGUCUUCUGGAAGGAGCCAAGAAAGCCUGGGAUCAUAAAAAUAGUGGUAAUGACUCAUAGAUCGCCUCCUUCCUGCUUUAUUCAUUCUACUAUUACUAGGGACCUCAUAAAAAGUUCGCACAUAUUGAAAAGGCCCUUGUUACACAUACUUAUCUAUCAAUCCUGUUUAUUAUUAACUGUGUGAAAGCUGGCGCAUGGGGUAUUUCUACCAUUGCUAUUCUAUUUUCUAUUCAUUUUCCAUUAUUUCCCUUCUUCUUCUUCUUUUUAUACAUUCGUUAUUGUGCCCGAGAAAGAAAAAAGGAAAAUUGCAGGCUUUACUAGUCCUAUUUUGCCUUGUUCUCGUGUCCCAAAAUUUGCUUGACUGUGACUAUAUAGAGAAUAUACUAUGUUCAUAU